AUGCCUCGCAGUCUUCAGAAAGUUCAGAAGCACAUUGCCAAGAAGCGCGGUGUCGUGGAGGCACUUCAUGAGAACAGCCGCGAUGCAAAGCUUUUGCGUCGUGCUGGAGCGCGAGAUGACAGACUCUCUCGGAUUGCUUCGGUCAUGUCAAGGGCAAGAAGGUCAUAUGUGGACCGGGUGAAUUAUUUUCUAGAAGCACUGGGAGAGACUCCCGCACUGGUGUCGGAGGAUGGGAUGAAAGAGCUGGUAGUCAGGUACAUUGCUCGGGAUGCCGAGGAGAUUGAACAGUUACAGAAAGAAAGACGCAAAGGCCGCCCGCCGAGCAAGCGAGAAGAGGCGCUGUCGCAACGUACUGAAGCCGAGAACAAGGAAUACAAAACAGGAUUCUGGAUGCCCGAUCUCUCGAACCAAGACAAUAUCCGCAAUCUAUCACUGUGGAAUGGCGACUGGUCGAGUCUAGUCACGGUGAAGUUCGUCCGCCUGGUCAAAGACGGGUCAAUGCAGGCCUCCAGCUUCCCACCGAAUGGACUGUCAUGA